CGCAACCCAGUCCAGCCCCCCAGGACAGCGUGUGGACACACAGGGGCAGCAGAACAGGGCUGUGUGGCAAGAGACGGGGGGGGGACUUCACACAAACACACCGCACCAAGAGGUGACUGGGCCAUAAGAGAAGGGGAACACGGGACAAGGUGAACAGCCAGUGGAGCUACACAAGGACUAGGAGAGAGAGAGAAAGAGGGAAACUGUGUAAGGGUCCAAAGAGGAGACAAAAAGCUUCGUCGACCAACCACACAACCACAUUUUUCUGUCUGCAAUUCUAUUCUUUUCCUGAAGACUCGUCAUUUGAGGGCCACCAAGCUCCAGUGACUGAUACUAAGGUCGAAGGUCAACUUUCUUGAAAGAGAGCCACAAACAGAAGGGUCAAUCUCCUCUUAAACCUCUGGAGGGAACUGUGAAGAGCAGCUUUUGGCAAGUCCUCCAUGCACCAGAGAGAGAGAGAACGAGGGGACGAGAGAGAGUAUACAGUAGCAUAAGAGCCUGCUGGUGUGGUAUGCGACAGAGGACGAGCUGAAGGUGCUUGAGUUUGACUGAUAACAGACUGCAUUCCAACGGCCUGAGACACAGGCAGACCGAAAGAGCGAGCGAGAGAGUGAGAGAGGAAGUGUCUCCAACCCAAAACGCAGAUAUGGAUCCGUUUGGCGGCGCGCCACGCGUGCUCGGCUACUCGCGGCCCGUGGUGGUCAGCAGCGGCGCAGACGCCUUGCUCAAGUGUCAGAUCGGUGGAGACCCCCAGCCCGACGUGGUGUGGGAGCGCAAGAACAUACCCCUCUUCUCCGAGGGCCGCUACAGCAUCUCGCAGGAGGGCAAGGCCUACUUCCUGCGCAUUUCCUGCGUGAGUCCCGAAGACGCCGGGCAGUACAUAUGCAAGGCCAAGAACAGCAUCGGAGAGACGUGCGCGGCCGCUACUCUAAAGGUGGAGCAUGACUCGCAGGAGGUGCUCGUAGUGCCCCCACCACCACCCGCCCAACACCCGCAACCACACCAACCACAGCCACUACAGAACGGGAGCAUAGAGCCGGAGAAGCAUCUACGACAGGAGGUGAAGAUGGAGGAGCAGCAACAGAAGGAGUUGGAUUUUGAGAACCGCGACAGGCCUCGCUUCCUCAUCAAGCCACUGUCGCUGCGCGUGGACCGGGGCGAGGACGCCGCCUUCUCCUGCAAGCUGACCGGCGAGCCGCUGCCCGAGGUGGUGUGGGAGAAGGAUGGCAAGCGGCUGAAGGAGAUCUUCGAGAGCUCGCACUACCGCGUGUGCCAGCAGGACGGCGGCUGGUACCAGCUGAAGGUGUUCCGCACGCGGGCGCCCGACGGCGGCGUCUACACGUGCCGCGCGUCCAACGAGAGUGGCGAGUCGGUGGCCGGCGCUGUCCUCCUGGUUCAGCCCGUGCCUGAGACCCGCGAGGAUCGAAUGCAGAAUGGCUACGCCAAUGGCCAUUGGACUCCUGCUCCUGGGUCCUCCCCUUCGUCGCCAUCAUCAUCAUCAUCAUCACCCCACGGCAAAGACCGUCACCACCACAUGGCCAAGCACAGCAAGGAGCCACCCCUGAACGUGGCCAAGGCCAAGAAGUUUGCCGUGUCAGAAGGGAAGCAUGCCAAGUUCCGUUGCUAUGUGACGGGGAAGCCAAAGCCGGAGAUCGUGUGGAAGAAAGAUGGUGUGCCCCUUGAACCCGGUCGACGUCACAUGAUGUUUGAGGACCGGGAGGGCUACUACACUCUGAAGGUGCUGUAUUGCAAACAGCAGGAUUCUGGCCUCUACAUAUGUGCCGCCUCCAAUGCUCUUGGCAACACCCUAAGUGCUGUACUCCUGUCUGUGAAAGCGCCGGCGGUCCGGUUCAAGCGGGGUCUGAAGGACGUGGAGGUGCGGGAGCGUGACGUGGCCGUGCUGGAGUGCGAGGUUCCGGAGGAGUCCAUCCCCACCGCCUGGUACCUGGAGGACCAGCGUCUCCAGCCCAGCAACAAGUACGACAUCGAGCAGAGGGGCACCAGGAGGACGCUGACCAUCCAGAGCCGGGCGGACGAUGACGGAGUCUACCUCUGCGAAAUGGCCGAUGGGGGGAAGAGCAUCGCUGAACUCUCGGUUAAAGGCACCAUUGUACGCAAGCUGCCCAGGAAGCUGGAGGUUCUGGAGGGGGAGAAUGCUGCCUUCUGUGUCGAGGUGGAGGAGGAGGACAUGGAGGUCUACUGGUACAAAGAUGGCAACCAGUUACGAGAGACUCACCAGACAAUCCUCAAGUCCUUUGGCAAGACGCACAUCCUGGUGUUCGUGAACUGCUCGUACCAGGAUUCAGGGACAAUCACAUUUGUUGCAGGGAGGUCCAGGAAUAGUUCACGGCUAAAGGUCAAAGCUGCGAGGCACUGCGCCCCGCCAUGCCCGGUUGGGGUCAGUAUGGACACGCACACAGCCAACGGCGCCAUGCUCUCCUGGGAGCCCGCGCCCAACCUGCAGACGGGCACCAAGACCGUGUACGUGCUGGAGCGGCAGGAGGUGGGCUCCCAGGAGUGGCGCAAGUGCCUGAGCACAGAGACGGCCACGACCGUGGAGGUGCUGGGCGACAGCGUGCCCUGCGAGGGCGACUACCGCUUCCGAGUCUGCUGCGUCAACAAGUACGGCCGCAGCGGCCACGUGGAGUUCCCCAAGGUCAUCCGGCUAGUGCCUGGACCAAAGAUAAAGACGCCCCUGAAAAAUGUGGUGGUCACUGAUGGUGACGAUGCCGUAUUCUUCAUCGAGCUGUCCGCCACCAUGAUCGGCACCUGGUUCCUGAACAGCACCCAGCUGGCUGACAGCGAGAGCAUCACGCUUCGCCAGACCCAGCACCAGCACUCCCUGCAGAUCCGCGGCGUCCGCGACAUCUACAACGGGGCUGAGAUCACCUUCAUCGCCAGCGGCGUCCGAGAUUCCGCUCUUCUGCAAGUUGAACCACGUGAGGUCAAGUUUGCCCCUCUAAGUGAGCAGGACACCGCCAAGAAAGUAGAGAUCGGAGAUCCCAUCGUCCUCUACUGCGAGGUGUCACACCCGUCAGCGAAGGUCCAGUGGUUCAAGGAUGGGGUGGAGCUUGAGAGGGAGGAUGGGCUGAACAUCCAAUCAGAGGGCAAUAUGAGGAGGGUUGUCAUCCAGUCUUCCGAAUACUCCCACUCGGGACACUACACCUGCAAGGCGUUGGGCGACACCAUUAUGUUUAACGUGGAAGUCGAUGCUGGCCGACCGAUGUUUGCACCCGUACCAGAGGAGGAGAAGAACAAGUCCGUUGAUGCUGGCGACUCCGUCGUCCUCCAGUGUGACGUCUCAGACCCUGAUGCUGAGGUCCACUGGUUUAAAGAUGGACAGCCAGUCGUCCUGCAGGAUGGUGUGGAGGUCCAGACACAGGGCAAACGGAGGAUGUUGGUCAUUCCGUCUGCCAGUUACCAGCACGCUGGCAUGUACACGUGUCAAACAAGUGACGAUGUCAGUGUGUUUCAGGUCGACAUUACAGGUCCGCCGGUCACCUUUAAAGAGAUACCAGAGGAGGACUGCGUAAAGUCGGCCAUGGAGCUGGACCCUGUGGUCCUGUACUGCGAGGUCUCACGUCCAGACGCUGUCGCUCGCUGGACGAAGGACGGUGUGGAGGUGCAGGCGAGCGAUAACGUCACAGUCCAGACUGAGGGGAUCAUGAGGAGGUUGAUUAUCAGGUCAGCCGACCUGAUGGAUGCUGGGACAUACACCUGCCACGCUGGAGACAGCAGCAUGUCAUUCACUGUCAACAUUAAAGAACCUCCGGUCAUGAUUGUGGACCCUAAGGAUGACAUCCACCUUGACCAGUACAUCUCUGACGAGAUUGUGCUGAACUGCGAGCUGUCUCGCUCCAGCGGGGUGGCCCGGUGGUUCAAGGACGGCCUUGAGGUCCUGGAGACGGAGAACGUACGGGUCAGCUCUGAGGGGCCCUACAGGAGGCUGACCAUCCUCUGUGGCACCAGGGAGGACUCUGGGGAGUAUGUGUGCGACACUGGUGGAGACUCGGUGUUCUUCCAGCUUAGUGUCAAAGAGGCGCCAGUGCGCUUCGUCUCUCCUUGUGAGUCGGAGGUGGCGAUGGUGCGGCAGGCGGGGCAGCCGGUGGAGCUGUGCUGCGAGCUGACCCGUUCCGAGGCCGACGUGCUAUGGUUCCGUGACGGCCUGGAGGUGGACGAGGUGGACGGCCUGGUCCGGGAAGUGGACGGGCCCCACAGGAAGCUGGUCAUACCCAUUGCCUUGGUAGAGGACACGGGAGAGUAUAUCUGCGAGUCGGCUGAUGAUACCGUGACCUUCCUGCUGACCAUUGAAGAGCCUCCUGUCCAGUUGGCGCGGCCCGCGCAGAUGGAGAGUGUUGUGGAGCCGGUGUCUGGGGAGCCCCUGGUGCUGGAGUGUGAGGUAUCCCGUGACAACGCUGAGGUGAACUGGCUUAAGGAUGGGGUGGAACUGGAGCUGGACAACGACAACAUCACCAUGACGACCGAUGGCCUCAUCCGCCGACUGACCAUACACUCGCCCUCGAGAGAAGACUCAGGGAAAUACACCUGUGAUGCCAAGGAUGAUGCUAUUGACUUCAAUGUCAACGUCAAAGACGCCCCAGUGACGAUCCUGCGGAAAUCAGAGAUUGAAACGGACUACAACUGUGUAGUGUCCGAUGACAUUGAGCUGGAGUGUGAGCUGUCCAGGGCCAGUGGGAAGGCCUGCUGGUACAAAGACGGACAGAGGCUGGAGGAGAACGAGAGGUUCUGUGUGGAGAAAGAGGGGGCCUUCCGCUCGCUCAUCAUCCUCAAUGCAGAUCUGGAAGAUUCCGGAGAGUAUUUCCUCGAUGUCCUGGACGACAGCAUCACGUUCACAGUGAAUGUGCAAGAGCCCCCGGUGACCAUCGUGGGAAACUCGGACGAUCCGGAGUAUCAGGAAAUGGUGUCAGGAGAUGACCUCAUCCUUGCCAUUGAGGUCUCCCGGGCCAACGCCCCCGUACAGUGGUACUGUAAUGAGAAGCUUCUGGUCGAGGACUCGCGGACCCAAAUUGAGACGUACGGCACGCUGAGGAAGCUCAUCAUUACCGACAUCAGGCCCUCGGACUCGGGGAAAUACACGUGUGACGCGGUCAAUGAUAAGAUGAUGACCGUUGUCAAAGUGCAAGAACCUCCUGUCACCAUCGUGAACAAGAAGGAGGUGAACAAAAUGACCGGCUAUGAGAGCGAGAGCAUCACUCUGGAGGUGGAGCUCUCACGAGAGAAGCCCGCCGUCCGGUGGAUGAAGGACUGGACGCCGGUCAACAACGAGCGCUUCCGUAUCGGCUACAAGGGCACGACACACUAUCUGACUAUAGACCCACUGCGAAGGUCCGACAGUGGGGAGUACACGUGUGACGUUGGCGACGAUGAGAUGCAGUUUAGCCUGCUGGUGAAAGAGAUGCGAGUGAAGUUUGUGAGGCACCUGCACGACACCGUGGCCUACAAGGACGGCAUGAUCACGCUGCGCUGCGAGGUGGGCAAGCCCAAGGCCGACGUACUGUGGCUGAAGGACAGCGUGGAGAUCCUCCCCAGCCGACGCUUCACCAUCCGGGCCGACGACCAGGAGCGGAGCCUCACCAUCCACCGCCUCACCAAGGAGGACGCCGGGGAGUACAGCUGCGAGUCCCGCGACGACUGCACCAGCGCCUACCUCAGAGUCGAGCUGCCCCGUGUGGUGGAGUUUCUGACUGAGCUCCACAACACCACGGUUCUGGAAGGCGAGGACGCCACCUUCAAGUGCGUGGUGUCGCCCGAAGACGCCCAGGUGGUGUGGCUGAUGGACAACGAGCCCAUCCUGUUGGGUGAUCGCUUCGAGGCCUUGCAGAACGGUCUGUGCCACACACUCCUCAUCCGCCGCUGCCAGAUGCUGGACAUGUCCAGGAUAACUGCCGAGUGUGAGGGGGUCACCUCUAAAGCCAGCCUCAAAAUACAAGAGGCCCAGAUUCUGUUCACUAAGCGCAUGGAGCCGGUGGAUGGAGAGGAGUUCCAGGAGGCCACUCUGGAGACGGAGAUCAGCCUGGAGACCGGGGAGGUGCAGUGGAUGCGUCAGGGGGUGGUCAUCCAGUCAGGGCCCCACUACACGCUGUCCCAGACCGGACGCAAGCGCCGCCUCACCAUCCACAACCUGGGCCUGUCCGACCGCGGCACUUACCGCUGCGAGACCCUGCAUGACCGCACGCAGGUCAAACUCAACGUGGAGCCGAGGAAGGUCUUUGUCCGUAAGAGUCUGAUGGACAUCGAGACGUUUGAGAGGGAGACGGCGUCUUUCGAGGUGGAGCUGUCCCAUGCAGACGUGGAGGGGGUGUGGCAGAAGGACGGCCUUCGCAUCAAGCCCAACAACAACUGGAUGGUUAGCGCCAAUGGGCGCGUCCACGGCCUCACCAUGUCCAACCUCACUCUGGAGGACACGGGAACCAUCGUCUUCUCAUCGGAUGGCUUGAGGACCUCGGCUCGACUGCAGGUGAAAGAAACCCCAGUGACUAUCCUGAAGAAACUCACAGAUCUCAGCUUUGAAGAGGGCUCACUUGUGACUUUGGAGUGUGAGCUGUCCAGACCAAAUGUUGAAGUAAAAUGGUUCAAGGACGAGACGGAGCUGAAGGCUGGUAAGAACCACAGAAUCUACUCCAUGGGGAGGAAGCGCUUCCUGCAGAUCCUGGAGUCCAGUCCCAGCGACUCGGGCAGCUACUCGUGUGAAGUCGGAGAUCUCAGCACCUCGUGUGACCUUAACAUAUAUGAGCAUGCAUUGGAGAUCGUCCAGCAUCUGGAGGACUUGUGCAUCCAGGAGGAUCAGAAUGCUGUGUUCAUGUGCGAGGUGUCCUUGAUGGAUGUGUCUGGAGACUGGUACAAGGACGACCACAAGCUAAAGCCCACCAGCUCCAUCAAAAUCCGACGGGAAGGAACAAAGCACUUCCUCCUCAUGUGCAACGUGACAGCUGAGGACUCCGGGGAGAUCAAAUUUGUUGCAAAGGAUCUGGAAUCCAUCGGCUAUCUUGAAGUGGAGGACCGUCCUGUAAGCAUAGUGAAACCCCUGCGUGACCGGACAGCCCUGCAGAAGCACCGCGUCAUCCUGGAGUGUACAGUGUCCACACCACGCUGUGACGUCACAUGGUACCGCGGCGACACAGAGCUGGAAUCCUCCGACCGCAUGGAGAUCACCAGCGAGGGAUGCUGCCACAGGCUGAUCAUCCAGCAGGUGGCGCUAGAGGAUGAGGGAAUAUACAGUGUAGAGGUUGGGGAGCACACUUCAACUGCAAAGCUCAUGGUGGAAGGUCAGUCUAUCCUGCUGGUCAGGGAACUGGAAGACGUUGAGGUGACCGCUCCGGAUCAGGCCUGCUUUGAGUGCGAGCUCUCUAUGCCCCUGCUGAAGGCCCCAGUGUGGUCACUGAAUGGGGAGACGCUCCAGAACAGCCCGGAGGUCCGACUCGAGACCCAGGGCUCGGUCCACAAGCUCAUCUUUAAGAAGACCUCAGUGGACAUGUGCGGGACAGUGCGCUUCACCAUCGGAAAAGCCAAGACCUGCGCACAGCUCAUAGUAGAUAACUAGAGUCUGGACUCACUCAUAAAGUUGGACAAGUUUAGAGUGUAGAAAGUCCGUCCUGUAUUCCAAGAAUCAGUCUUUGGUCAUAAUCACAGAGAAUAGAGGUAGUAUGCUGAAAUGAAGUCCUGAAGAACCUGACCACCUGACUUAAAGGUUAAUUCACACUGGAUUUCUAAAUGUUACAGGACUGGACAGUGGACACUAACCCUGAUGCUGAUCUAAGAAAAGUGCAGUAGUACUAAUAAUUUAGACUUUCAUUAGGGAAAUACUGUUUCGGCACAUUUUUUAGAUAUUAUCAAAUCAGGCCAAUUGUUCAUAAUAUAAUUUAAUGAUUUGAAUAAUUUGAAAGAAAUCAACAUGGAAAUUAAGAAAAAGCAGAACUACCUGAUGAUGUGUAUUUCUGUUUAGCGAGUUGUCUGACAUCUAUGGUAAUUUUUUUAUUGCUGAAAAAGGGGAGUUGUAAUGUACUGAAUGGGUGAAAGGCUGAAUUGGAAGAAGAAAGUUAGGUAGUAUUGGCUGAUAAGGGUUAAAGUGAUUGAGCGGCUGGUUUGUAGGUAGGCAAUUUAAGUAUGGGCUUAGCAUGAGUGAUGCUGAGGUGGAGGCAAAUUAUGGGGUUAUGGAUCUGAAUUACUGAGUAAUUCAUAUAAUGGAAGGGCGUGUUAUAAAUUAUUUUACAGAAAAAAAAAUCUGAUUAAGUGCAUUUUUCAUGAUGUAUCUUUUAUAUUGAGCACUUUUUAUAACAUUGAAGGAAGGUAUAAAAUGCACUUGGUGCCAUUUCAAAGAGGGAUGCCAUGGUUAACAGAGAAGGCAGAUUCACUAGGUAGGGUUUUCUACUGGAAAAGGAGAUGGUUCUAUUCGAUGUUCUAGAAUGGUGUCUGUUCUAGAAUAAUGAUUGUGCAUCCCCUUUCUGUAUUUUACAGCAUGCAUGAAAAGUCAAUUCUGUUGCCAGUGUGUCCCAGAUGUUCUGAUGAUAUUAAAAAUAAAAUAAGGAAUAAUGAUGUCAAA